UCUGUUUGUCCGCUUACGUAGGGCGGGACCGGUAGUCCUCCCGAGGAGAGGUUCUGUUCUCAGCUUUUUGUCUGAGGCGGCCUGGUUUCCCCUGUCACAGCGUCCUGUGGAGAAGGUGGAGAGUGGUGUUCCCCGCUGCACAGCCUGUGGUCGGAGACUCCCGUGGUGCUCACCGCUCACACGUGGGGUUGGAGCUCGGAGUCACCGCCCGGACCCCCGCCAGGGCGGGGACAGGCCCCGCCAUUCCUGCCGCGGCUGCCGCUCCCGCCGCCCCUGCCCCGCGCGGCCCACAGAGCGCGAUGGCGGCGCCCGCGCUGAGGGGCUUCGCUGAGGUUGGCAUGACCUUUGAGGACAUUGCCCUGUACUUCUCCAGGGAGGAAUGGAGCCUCCUUGAUGAGGAUCAGAGACAGCUGUACCUGAAUGUGAUGCUGGAGAACUUUGAACUUGUAUCCUCGCUGGGUUGCUGCUGUGGAGCAGAGAAUGUGGAGGCAUCAACUGAAGAGAACAAUUCUGUAAGAGUGUCACAGGCAAGGAAUCCCAAGGGGAUGCUAAGAUAUUUGAAGGGAAUAUCCUGUCCAGUUCUUAAAGAGGGCCAUUUGCCAUAAUGCCUUCAUUUCCAUGGGUGAUGGGCACUGGUUGGAGGACCAUUGCAGUGAGGAGAAACCCUUUCACUGCAGAAACAUGGACCUAAUUGAUGUUUGCCCAGACUGCAGCCUAUUAGAUGGAAUUGUCAUCAUCUAAACCUGCACCCAGAAAUGAUUUUGAGGAAAACACUAUAGGAGCGGUGAGUACACAGAUCUGAGGAAUCCCCCACCAUGUUUAUAUUCUGUGCAGCAGUUAUUGUCAUUGAUUAUAAUCAAGUGGUUUUGUGGGUUCUUCUGGCUUCUCAGAUGUUCCCAUCAGAGCCAUUGGUGCUCUGGCAGCAAAACUAAGAGGAAAAGAAAGAGUGUCUUUAGGCCGGUAAUGUGGCUUUUGUGACCCAGUAAGCAUCCCAGUGGGUUUGGGUGAAAGUUCUUCAUUGUUUGUUACACUUUCUGUGGCUGAGAUGAGACUUGCUCAGAGGGCAUAAGUAUGUGAAUUGAAUAUAAAGUU